AUGAUGUCGCUUGCGAUCGAUGAUAGGUCAACCUCACCAAGAGAAUCUGAAGAUGUGUCAUCAGAAGACCAGAGGCCUCGCAAAAUCCGCCGCAUCGAAGCGGCAGCCUCCGUGCCCGAUAUGCCCUGGUCAUCCGUCGAUCUGGAGAUUGGGCAUAUGUCGCGUGACGAUAUCAAUCAAUUUGCUGAAGAUGUAUCCACGACGGCGCCGCAACGGCCGCUUCCUACAAGCGAAGCCCAACCCCCCCGUACGCGGGGAACAGUUGCCUGCCAGAAAUGUCGCUCGCGGAAAACAAAAUGUGACAACGGGCGGCCAAGCUGCGGCUACUGUCUCAAGAUUGGUGAGCCUUGUCUGUAUGAGGCAGAGUCUAACUCCUGCUGCCAUGUCUUUGGGCGGGAAGUUCUGCAGGCACUCAAUCAGCUUCGGGAGAUCGUGCUGAAGCCACCGACUGCGCAGGUGUUGGCUGGUGAUUUCGAGGAACUCGCAGGCAGCGGAGUCAGCGCGCCCCCUUCCAUUAUUCCAGGUUCCUUUACCACACCAGAGCCUCGGCCAGCAGUCUCUCUCAGCCGAAUCCAAAGCAUUGAGAAGAUUGCGCAAUGGCGCAUCUUUCAGCCCCAUAUUCUAGCAACAAGCAAUAUAUAUCCUGAAUCCAACCCGCCACCUACUAUCGACCACACAAUGCCAAGUACCGACAUUAGGCUCCUGACUAGCCUGGAAUUGAAGUAUAUACAUAGCGUAAACCUUUUAAGCCCCAUAUUGCAUCUUGCUACAUUGCACAACUUGAUCCUCCAGGUGGCUGAAAAUGGGUUCGACUGGUCGCUUGAGACUUGCCUCGCGGCACUGGUAUGCGCAAUCGGUGCUAUUACCGAGCUGCUGGCGUCACCGGAAUCACCCAGUGGCCCCGGCGGAUUCGAUGUGCACGAAUUUCCACGUGACAGUGAUCCAAACCUGGCUGUCGGGUACUGGAAUGUUGCAUCCAAGCGGUUAGGCUUUGCCCUUGAUCGGAACGAUAUUACGGCGGUGCAGUGUCUAUACCUAGCAGGGGUAUGGCACAUGCUCAAUUUUCAGCCUCUUCAGGCCUGGAAGUACUUUAGCAAUGCGGCAAGCGCGUUGUUCUGCACGGUCAUGCGGAACGAUCCAUCUCCUGGUCGUAUUCACUUAGGGUCAAUCAACGUCAAAGAAGCUCUCGGGUUCGCAAUUUGGAAAUCCACCUGCGAAUUGCGCACUGAAUUAGUUCUCCCUCCCUCUGUGCUGGAGGAUUACGAGGUGCUUCGCCCAUUUCCAUCACCACCAAACUUAGAAGAUCCAAGCAUUCGCCGAGUCUCGAUUGAUAGCGAGCUCGGCUGGUAUUACUACCUGGCAGAGAUUGCCAUACGCCACAUCAUUAAUGACCUCCUGAAGUGUCAUGUUUAUGACUUUGACAACAUCCAGCCGGCAGACGUUGCGCAAAUGAUACAUACUACCGAGUUAUUUGAGGCACAAAUCUUCGAGUGGCGUUCAUCCUUGCCAACUCGGCUCCAAUUUGAGAUUUCUACAGAUUUCAAUCUGCCUGAAGUAAAUGAUCUGAUGACUGUAGUAUUAAGGCAGCGUUACCUGUCGAGUCUUGAACUGACUUACCGGCCCUUGUUACGGAUAUGCACGGAUUUUCCCUUGGAAGAUUUUCAGGGAUACGACGAGCUGCUUCGGAGCAAAGUGGCCGCAAUAGCUUCUGAGAACCUACGGCUCUCGUACUUGAAGAUUCUGCGCUUGAGCAGGAAGCUCCAUCAUGGGACUUGGUUCCAGCUACGAAGCUUAACUGGGUCUUGCCUGCGAUUUGCCGCAGCAGAGAAAGCCCAGCGAGACAGAAAGCUUGCUGGCGCACAAGAGCUUCAGAUCCCGCCGAAUUGGAGGGCUCGUGUGAUUACUGGGCUAGAGAUUUUGCAGCCAUACUGGAAUUCAAAUCGUGGUGGCGGAGCAGGUCUGAUGACCCUGAUCGACCAAGCCCUGAAGCUGUAG